AUGGUGGAUCUCGCCUCCAUCUACUUUGGCCUCUUUGUGGGUGUCUUUGUCUUUACUAUUGCCAAGGUCAUCGGGCAGACUCGAAGUAUCUGGAAGCGCACCCACAGUCUUCACAAUACGUACCUGUACUUGAUCUGGGCCGAGGCUUGGACCAACUUUAUCUUUGCCAUUGUUACCUUUUUGUUCUUGAACAAUGUCAUCAAAGGAAGGCAAGUCCUCAUCUUUUUCCUUUUUACAGUUGUACUAUGGGCAUUCCAGACACAACUCCUGCCCCAGAUUAUUGCCAAUCGAGUCGCCUUGAUCAUGACCAACAAGCGCCGAGCGACGCACUUAAAAUGGAGUCUCGUCGUCAGCAUCGGUCUCAUCAACAUCGCCGUCUGCUAUAUCUGGACUGUCGCCCACCUGGAAGGUGCCACCCCAGCUCAGGUCCAUCACAAUAUUAUCUUUGAAAAGGUGGAAAAGAUCUUCUUCCUUAUCAUUGACUUGGGACUCAACUUGUACUUUUUGUAUCUGGUGCGCUAUCGCUUGAUUGAGGAUGGCCUGGGCAAGUAUUGGAGACUCUUCAACUUUAACGCUGGCAUGGUGGGCAUAUCUACAACCAUGGAUAUUCUCUUGCUUGGCUUCUUGAGUCUACCAAAUCCCUACCUAUAUGUGCAAUUCGCUCCUGUGGCAUACAUCAUCAAGCUGUAUAUCGAGCUACUGAUGGCCAGCCUCAUCUCCAAGGUGGUUCGGAGCAGCGAAGCUGGCCGAGGCGAAGGCUGGUACUCGAACAGCAGAGAAAGGUCCAACCCGACCAACUACGGUCUCACGUCGCGUGCAAUCAUCACCAGCACCGCCACGGUUUCGAAACCUAGCAACACCAUCAUGAGCCGUUUAGGCAAAGAAGCUCCUCCGGCUCGCGAAGGCAGCCACAAUGGAUCAGAGAUUCAUCUGGCCACAUUUCCAGAGCCGCAUGGAAUCACGAAAACUGUUGAGACGACGGUUGUGGUGGAUGACGGUGACGACGGCCGGAGCGAGAGUACUUUCAAAGGCACCUAUAAAGAAACGGUAUGA